AUGCAAUGCCAAGACUCCAACAGUCUAAAUGAAGAGAGACCCUUUUCCUCGAAACCAAGAAUUGAUUGGGAAAGCAUCAUUGCUGAUGACAACUCUUCAUCAGAAAAUGAAAGUUUAGCAGAAAUUCACCCAAAUGUUGUUAAUGGUUUUAAAGGCGAAGAGGACGACGAAAUUGAUGAAGAAGUACCUUUAAUAAAGCUUCAGAAACAUAACGUCCUAGAACAAGAAGAGAGUAAUGUUCAUUUUCCAAAAACGAACAGGAAGCGCCCUCGAAGCAGAAGUUCUUCAGAACCCAAGGAAAAGGAUAUUUAUACGCCAUUGGAACGACAAUAUAUCGAGUUGAGAAAGAAAUAUAAAAACUGUAUCUUGGCUAUCGAAGUAGGUUACAAAUAUCGCUUUUUCGAUGAAGAUGCAAAAAUUGUGUCAAAGACUCUUGGCAUUGGUUGCUAUUAUGAACAUAAUUUUCUUAAUGCCAGUAUCCCUUCUUACCGUAUAGAUUUUCAUUUGGAGCGUUUAAUAAAUGCUGGCCUUAAAGUUGCCGUAGCCAAGCAGACGGAAACAGCGGUAUUCAAAUCGACUGGUAAUACUCGAAAUACACUUUUUCAGCGUGAUGUAGUUGGCAUGUAUACUAAAGGCACCCUUAUUCGUGAAAGUACUUCUCGGUAUGAUCAUCGACUAAACGGCUCUCUUCAAGAAUCCCAGCAAAUCCUAUGCAUUUCCGAAAGCUCCAUUUCUAAGAAAAUUCCCUCAGGAAAGGUCCAAAUAGGCUUUCUAUGUACUCAACUGUCGUCUGGAACUUUCAUAUACGACCAAUUUGAAGAUGACAUAUUAAGAAGCAACUUACAAACAAGGCUUUCACAUCUUCAACCAUGCGAGAUCAUCUUUUCCGACCAACUUUCUUCAGAGUCUAUUGCUUUGCUAAAUCAUUAUAUCACUACAGAGCAAUUAAUCGGGAGAAAGGUUUGCAUUCAAUAUGUCGACCAGCAUACCCCAAAAUUAUCUCUAGAAAAUGUGUGCAAUUUUUUUUCAUCAAAUUUUUACGAUUAUGAACAAGUCAUCGUGGAUUUACAUUUAGAAAGGAUAAAGUCUUUGCCAACGUUGUCUAUGGUUUGUUUAGAAAUGACAAUCUCCUAUUUGACCGAGUUCUCUUUGGAAAAAAUAUUAACAAUGUCUGAUUUUUAUCAACCGUUCAGUCACUUUUCUUCGAUGAUUUUGAGUAAGCAAACCCUAGACGGUUUGGAAGUUUUUGCAAAUCAAACUGAUCACUCUUCAACUGGAAGCUUGUUUUGGGUAUUAGAUCACACAUACACCAGAUUUGGACAGCGUUUGCUACAACAGUGGAUCAAAGCUCCAUUGCUAUCUGAAAAUGAAAUCACCAAUAGACUUGAUGCUGUUGAAGAACUCUCUUCUGGAUUCAAUGAGAAUACACAGUUUUUACGCAAACUUUUACACCGAUUGCCUGAUUUAGAGAAAGGUCUUGCAAGAAUAUACUAUCAAAGGUGUACACCUUCAGAAUUACUUUACAUAUUGAAAGGGUUUUACAGAGUGUCUACUGCAUUUCCGUCUGAUCCUAACGAUUCUUUUCAAUCCUUUUUGUUGCGCUCUCUGAUAAAGCAGCUGCCGUCAAUAUUGUCUCCUAUUGACCAUUUUUUGUCUUUAUUUAAUCAUGAGAAAGCCGCGGAAAACAAUAAGUUAGAAAUGUUUCAGAAUGUUGAUGACUUUGAUUCCAUUGGAGACUCUUCUUCUGAAGAUUCUCAGUCCAUCUUCAAAAUUCGUGAACACAAGAUGGGUAUAGUGAUGGUUGAGACAGAACUAAGUGUUCACCUGCAGGAACUCCGGAAUUACCUCAACUAUCAAGAACUAGGUUAUACAACUUGGGGAAACAUAAAGUUUUGUAUUGAGCUAUCUAGAGGCUGUAAAAACAUACCAGAAGACUGGGUAAGGAUAAGCGCUACUAGAAGCUUAAUUCGCUAUCACACACCAAAAGUACAAGCUCUUAUGCUUGAGUUGGCUCAACAUAAGGAAGCUUUAGCUAUAUCAUGUGAAGAAAUCUAUAUAUCUUUUUUGAAGAAGAUAUCUGGGUAUUAUAAUGAAUUAAGAAGGGUUACUGUAGCGGUUGCCUCACUGGAUUGCUUACAUUCUUUUGCUUGUGUCUCUUCACAAACUGGUUAUGUUCGACCCCAGUUGACAACCAACGAUCUCUACGUGGAAGAAAGUAGACACCCUAUGAUUGAGUUAUUGACCGAUGAACCAUAUGUACCAAAUGAUAUUAGUCUCAAUGCUGAAGGUAUACAAACAUUGCUUAUUACUGGACCAAAUAUGGGAGGUAAGACCUCGGUAGUGAAGCAGCUUGCUUUGACGUCCUUGAUGGCACAAUGCGGAUGCUUUGUCCCUGCUAAGAGUGCCCGUUUACCUUUAUUUGAUUCUAUUCUUGUAAGAUUAGGAUCUACCGAUAAUAUAGUUUUAAAUAUGUCAACUUUCAUGGUCGAAAUGUAUGAGACAAAUGAAAUUUUAAACAAAGCUACGGAUAAAUCUCUCGUGAUCUUUGACGAGCUUGGAAGAGGAACGAGCACUAUUGAUGGAGAAGCAAUUUCCUAUGCAGUAUUAUAUUAUUUGAUUUAUUACGUACGUCCAUACCUGCUAUUUGUCACUCAUUAUCCUGGCCUGAGUGUUUUGGAAAAGCAGUUUAAGCAGCGACUUCGUAGUUAUCACAUGGGUUAUGUGAAAUUAGGAGGAAGCGAUCAAAAUUCUCAAAGUAUAUCGUUUCUGUAUAAGCUAGUCCCCGGUAUUGCUUCCAGAAGCUAUGGAUUGAAUGUUGCUAGAAUGGCAGGAAUACCAAUUUCCAUUAUUUAUCGAGCAGAAGAAAUGAGUGAAGAACAUGAAAGAGAUCAAUGGCGCCUCAGGAAAACCCGCACAUUACUAAAAUUAAAAAAAAUUAUCCAAAAUGCGAAGCUGUCAGAAUCGACUUUUGAAGAAUUGAUAUCCUGUUUUUCAGCUUUGGAAACCAAUGAGUUUAUUGAAAUGGCUGAAGGCUUUUGA